GUGUCCGUGUUUGUAUCACCGGCGGCUAACGUAUAGCACUGCCUCUUUAAAUCUGCCGAGCGGGUCAUUAUUUGGCAGGAAGUUAGCUGAAGCUAGCUCAAAACCAAUAAUGAAGACAUUGAGGAGCAUUUAGCUGCCUUUUAACGCUCCUUAAAGAAGAACCAAGAUUUUUACUUGUAUUUGAAGGCACAGUCCAAGGCAGCUAUGUCUUCAGCAGUGGACCUGAAGACCAAGGAGGAGAAAGAUGCAGAGUUGGACAAACGAAUUGAAGCUUUGAGGAAGAAGAACGAAGCUCUGAUGAAGAGGUACCAGGAAAUUGAGGAAGACAAGAAGAAGGCGGAGCAGGAAGGCAUCGCCGUGACGACGCCCCGGAAACCCCGGACACACGAGCCGGAAGCGGACCGGAGGAAGACGGAGAAGGAGAACCUGACGGUCACAGUGGAUCUGUCCAAACCGGCAGGGGACAAGAGAGUUGUGAACGACUGGAAACCCAGCACGCCUCGCGGCCGGAAGAAGUCAGAGGAGAGCGACAGUCCUAAAGGUCAGAGCGACGGCCGCAGCCCACCCAGGAGGACGGGGUCGGGCAGAGUGGGCCGAGGCGGUCAGAGAGGAGGAGGACGCCAAGAGAGGAGGGACCGGGAGACCAGAACUCCCAGAGAGGGAGAGUCUGCAGAGCCAGGCGGCCAGGGAUGGAGAGGAGGAAGACGAGGAGGAAGAGGCGGGAGAGCAGGAGGAGGAGGAGGAGGAGGAGUUAGAGAAGGAGGAGCAGGGAGUGGAGGCGGAGAGGAAGGUACACCAGGAGGAAUGGACAGAAAGUCAAAGGAAUGGGAGGAGAAAAGGCGGCAGAACAUCGAGAAGAUGAAUGAGGAAAUGGAGAGGAUAGCAGAGUACGAACGAGGACAGAGGGUGGAAGGAGAGAAGCCGAUCCGUAAUUUUCUGGAUGACCCGAGGCGUUCGGGUCCGGCUCCAGACAUUGACCGGAAGGAAGGCAGCAGGAGACACGUCCGGAACUGGGGAGGGCUGGACUUUGACAACGUGAAAACGGGACACGAACUGGAGCGAGAGUGGACCAGUCGGCGGCCGGGUCCGAAAGGCGGUUCUGUGGACAUGACGAUGUCGAUGACCGGCCGCGAGAGAGCAGAGUACCUCCGCUGGAAGAAGGAGCGUGAGCAGAUCGAUGAGGAGAGACUGGCACGCCACCGAAACGCCACGGGCCAGUGGAGGCGGGAGUGGGACGCGCAGAAGACUGACAGCAUGUUCAAGGAGGAUCCAAAUGCGGCUGCAGAGGGUGUAACGGCAGAGGAGGGUGGCAGGAGAGACGACAGCAAGCGGCCUCCUAGAGGACCAACAUUUGGCGACUUCCUGUCCCAGGGCAGGAGCCAGGGGCCCCGCGGGGACUGGAGCAGAGGAAGGGGCCGAGGACAGAGGCAGAGCUACAGCAUGCACGACAAUCGUUGGGAAGGAGAGAAAGAAGAAGAAGAGAAAGAAAAGGAGGACAAGACGAAGAAAGAGGUAAAAACUACAUCAAAGAAAACAAAGAAAGAAGAAGAAGAAGAGAAACCCAAAGCUGAAACAGAAGAGCCGAAGGUGGAGGAGAAAAAAGAAGACGAGGCAGGAGACGAUGAUGAUGAGUGGGAGGACGCCAGUGAAGAGGAGGAAGCUGGAGACAGAAGCGACUUGGAGAAAAAAGACAAAGGCAAAGCCGUCUCACCUCCGUCGGCCAAACAACGUUUGCAGGAGAAAACGGCGGGAAGCCCGAAGGAGCAGCGGGCGCCGAGGCCAAAGGUCCGAAUCCCUCCUCCUCCGGCUGCGGCGGCGGCCCAGGGGUCACCAGAGGGGGGGAAGCCCCUCAGCCCGUUCUUCACGCUGGAGGGCCACCACCCGGUGUCAGACUGGGGCGAGGAGAUGGAGAUGCAGUCGCCGCGGAGCAGCAUGGGGGCGGAGAGCCCGAUGAAGCCCUCCAGCACCGAGUCCAGCCCGCCGCAGAAGAAGGAGAGCCAAGAUGGCGGCGCCGGCCAACCGGGCGGGGCGCCCACGGAUGAAUCUGCUCCUGCGGCGGACGCCCAGGAGAACGUCACUGAGACAGAACCGCAACAGACCGCCUCAGAACCUCCAUCUGAAGGUUCGGACCUCGGCCCGUCCUCUGCUGCUCCUGAGGUCAAUGAGGUUGCCGUGACGACCGACCAGAAUCCACUUCCUGCUCCAUCAGAAGAGGGUCAGUUGGACCCUCCCCGUCCCGCUGAGUCCUUUAACGGUGAACAGAUUUCCUCCGACGCGCCGGUAGAGAACGAAGACAACACGGCGCCCGCUGGGAGCGACGACGCCCCGGCAGCCGAAGCCGAACUCUCCUCGGAUCAGACGUCAUCAGGUUGAGACGGACAGGAGAGGGAGCGAAACAUUGGCGGCACCGAGGUUUACAUCUAAAUAUGACUUUAAUCAUCAUCACGAGGAAGAGGAGUGACGGAGCUUUACACGCAUGGACCAACCGGUCGCUCUCAGCUGGUUUUAAGACUUUGGAUCACUCGUUGGUGAAAUCUCCAUCUGUUUCUUCAGUAUUCUGAAUGUUUUAAUCUCACUGCAAACGAAGGGUUUCUUCCUCCAAUGAGAUAUAAACCAGAUGUUAACCUAAAGUCUGGAUGUGGCUUGUUGAAACAAGGCCAGAUCUAUAAAAAAAAAUCUUUUUUUUUCACAUUUAUUACAUGAAAUCAUGGUUUGAAAACAAAUUUCUUUGAUGAACUGAAAUCUGUGUAAAAAGUGGCAUUUUUAGCAUCUUUUAGCAUCUUUUCUGUUCACAUGAUAUAAUCUAGUCGGGGUCAAACCUCCUUUUCAGCAAAGUGAGUUAAAUUCAGAUUUUUAGAUUAGAAAUGACCAGAUUAUGCUACAUAAUUUGCAAUUUUUCAGAAAAGACUGGCUUGGUGACGUUAUGAAGUCACCUGCAGCCGCUAGCGAUGCUAAGCUAGUUGAUUCAAAGCUUCGCUCUCAGGUUAAAGUGUAGUUGCUGGUUUUAAAUCCACCUGCAGGAUGUGAGUAAAGGGGAUCUGACUCUUUAAUCCCAUGUUGUAAAUAAGAUCAAACAGAUACAGUGAUUGGCUGGAUUUGAAUGUAAACGAUGCAGUAAACUGACAGAAACACUUCAUGAAGACAACAUGGCGUCUGAGGCCCUGUUUGCACGACAAUGAUCCAACGAAAAUGGAAUUUUUGUUCUGUUUCUGUUAACACGUUUACAUGAAGACGUUCUAAUUACAAUCUUUUGUUUACACAUUAACGGUACACAUCGUAAACGUGUAAUGCUCCGGCCACGCCACUAGUUGGUGCUAGGUGCUUUGAAACUAAGUGCGCAUGUGUUUAAAAAAAACAAACACACACUCUACUUGAAAGCAGGUCGAUUUGUGUUUCCCCAUCAGGUACCGUUCCCCCAGAUACUGGGGAGAAACACACACCAUGUGUGUCUGAUUAGGAUGGAGAUGGAGAAAAGAGGGAUAACUUUGCUGAAACACGUUGUUAGAGCUUUCACGCUGUCCGUAGUUCUCUAGAUAAGAGCGCUGAACAAGCGAGUGCUCGUUAUGAUCACUGAACAAGCACACGUGUAUUUUUCCACCUGAGCGGUGCGGAGCGGUGAAGAGACGCUGGAGGAACCGUAUCUGAUUGGAAAACACAAAUUGUAGUAAGAGCAGCAUUGUCAGUAGUUUCUUCUUCUGUGUUUUGCGUCACGCUGUGCAUGAGGUAGGGAUUCCCUGACAGAAAAGAUCCACAAGACAACAGGACCGGAACGUUUCAGAACCAUUGCACUCUGGAGCCCGUCUUCAAUCUGUGCCGUUGUCAGAGGAAACAUUCAGUGGUUUGACGUAAAUGUGCAGCACAAACGCAACAAAACUCGUCCAUUUUCACCAGAAACUGUCGUCGUGUAAACAAUGCCUGAGUCUGAAAUGCUGAUUAUUAUGUUGCUUGGAUUUAAAUCAUAAAGUCUGUUUUUACUACAUUAAGUAACAAACACAAGUUUGUUUGUUUUUUAAUUAAAUGUUGCAUCAUAUCAAAUCAUGUUUUUAAUUUUGAACAAUCAUGUUUUUUGCUUUAAACCAGCUCCUCUUUUCUCUUCAUCCAUGAAUUAUGUCUGAGUUUGUUGCCACAGCGACGCAAAGAACAACACUGCCUCUGAUGCUAAAAGUUUGUUUUUAUACUUUCAGUUACCUUAAAAUGAUGUAUUGUUCGGAUGCAGUAUGUGUGUUUUGUCUCUCCCCUCGUACCUCAGCAGACCAAGAGGGUUUUUAUUUGGUUUGUUUUGAGUUUUUCCUUGUCUGUAAAUGGUGUUUUAUCUGAGCAGCUGUGUGGAGUUUGAGGACAAAACGGCAAAGUGAUUGCUUUAAAAUAUUCGUGUCUGGGAUCUGAUGAAUAAAAAUCGUGAAUUUGGGUUCAAAGACACCGCAGUUUCUUUUCUUAAUGUCCUGCAGCUGUUUCUGUUAAAUCCUGCAUGUAAAGUCGAUUGCUUUAGUUUUGUGAUAAAACAUGUUUUUCUAUGUUCACGACAAACUACGAUUCUUCUGGUGGUGGAAGAAAAUAUCUGGACGCUCCAUCAUCCAAACAGCGGGUAGGUCGCUACAACUUCUCCAUAGAACUGAGAUGAGUACCUUGUGACAGCCAGAACAUUCUUUUUCUGCCCGGAAGCAAUUUUAAAGCCAUUCUUCAUUUGCUUGUUUUUUGGUGUCUGGAAAACAAGCCAUGUCAAAAACCUCCAUGAAGCUUUAACUUUCUCCUGAUCUCUGUAGAUGUUGUCAGCAUUUCCACAUAAUGCCAUCUACUUUAUGAAGUCCACCAAUUCCUCCUGCAGCAAAAACAGCCCCACAGCAUGAUGCUGCCGCCACCGUACUUCAAAGUUAUGGUGGUUCAAACUUUCCUGUUUUCCUCCAAAUGUUGGGAUGGUUAUUAUGACU